UUCUUAAAGCAGCAAUUGCUGAUGAGGGGCAUUGAAGCGAAGCCGAGAUGUUGUUCAUUUUCCUUCACGUGUGUGAAUUAUAAACCUCACUCACAUCUAACAAGCAUCACUGUCAAAAUUUGUUCUCUUCUUCGAUGUCGACCAAAGGCGGUCGAAAUUCAUCAUGGAGUCGGCUGAAGCCUGCAAAUCAGGAUAUUUUCGAGGAGAUGGGUUUGAGAUCCAAGGGAGACAAACAGUAGGUCGUUGAGCCAAUCUUAUCUUCCGCCUUUAUUUACUUACUACCCCUCCAGGCUUCUUGACUACAAAACACAGGAACGUUUCUACAAUAAGAUCGUCGAACGAUACAUGCUAUUCGCUGCCGAUGCUCGCCGAGGAGACGAAUUAAAUCGAAAACUUGCACGUCUGAAUAUUUCACAAGAAAACGGGAAUCGCGAUCCUGCUCAACCAGUGCCAAACCCUGCAGACCUUACCAAUGGUAAAGCCGAUGCAAACGAACUCGAUGCCAUAACAAUGGGAAUGAGAAAACUUCGAGAAGGAAUUGUGGCAUCGAAGAGAAUAGAUGAUUUCUCAAUCCAAGCAUAUAUAUUUUGCAUACGUUUGUCGAUAUUAUUAAAGCAUUGGGAAUCGUACCAUCCAGCGAUGCGCCAUUUACUUCAAGUGAUGCACCCGAAGCAUCCACUAUCAAGCACCGAGCUUCAGGAAUUCGCUGCAUAUCAAGUGCUAGAUUUAGCUUGUAGACAAUUGGAUCUAGCAAAGGCUUUUUCCAUUAAACUUACCCUUGGGUUGCGAGACUCGAAAGUCGACGAAGUUUUAAAGGCUAUUGCUCAUGAUAACUACUUUUUGUUUUGGAAGGUAAAAAGGGGGAUGGAUGGGUACAAGGCAAAAAUAAUGGAAUUUGCAGGAGAGGAGAUGAAAUUGCAUGCUUUGAAGUCGAUUGGAAAGACAUAUCUCAGUAUCGAUUUAGAUUCUCUGGAGCAACUUACCGAUUCUAAUUGGACUACUUUGACUAAGGUGUAUAAUGUGGGAUGGCAAUUGGAAGGGUCGAAGGUUGUCAUUCGAAAGCCGAAACCCCGUUGAAAGUACAUAUACCCGUACGACAUUAUUAUCUUCACCAGAUUUUUGGAAUAUAUGAAGCCAUAUUAUUAUAGGUAUGUUAGCCUGACACCCGCCUCUUUCAAUGGCUAAACUCUAACAAUUUCAGAUCAGAUCAGUUGGGCUUGAUCGCGACCAUAACUAUUGAUAGAAAUUCAUUGUCAGCAUGAGCCGCGUUUAACGUCCUCGUGCAGUAUACGAAAAGGACAUCGUGUGGGAUUUGUACGCUGCUUCCGAUUUUCGUGGUCGCUGUAAUCAACGGCUAUACGAUUUUGAUCGAUAUUGCCAUCAUUAUAUGAACCAUAUGAACGUUGUGAGUGACAACAAUACACCGCGAUCACCGAUUAGCAGAUGAUCGCAUGCCACGGGGCCAUGUGAUGCGGAUAUCAUAUUAUUCACAUUCGACAUUAUGAGAGCUUACAAGGAUUUUAUGAUAAAUAUGAUUCGAAGGAUGGAGGGAAGGGUCAUGAAGUAUCGUACAAAGCUCGAGGAGUUAAUGAGUGCUUGCGAGAGGUACAUCAUUAUCACAAACGAAUGCAAUGCCCAUUCUACGAAUUACAAUGCCUGAAAUCGGUGAAUUAGCCCUCUUAUCGACAAUAUUUGAUCGCAGGAUGAAUCCAUUUCAUCAUAAGUGAUGAUUGUCAGUUGCUUGAUAGACACUAAAUUCUAUCCUGAAUUAUAUAAGUGCGCUAUAAACGUCUAAUCACCUCUAAUUGGCUGAACCAAUGCCCCAUUUGAGCCUCACUUACGAAAAGCUCAGAUAUUUAGCAUUUAUGGCUGGAAUGCAAAUUAGCCACAAAUUUCCGUACUCAAUGGUUCUAAUCCGAUUAUCCGGAAGUUGUCCAUCCUUUCAGUGGAUGCUUUGCCGAUCAAUCAAUUUUCAUGCCUCAAAUUGUGUAUCCUUCGGAAAACACGGGUAUGAUGGAUCACACGUCGAUCAAAGGACAAAUGAUCAACAUCAGCAAUGCACUUGUAAAGGGAGGAAAAGAAACGGAGGAUAUUUGCGAUCACCAUUUUGGAAAAUUGGAAACAUGCCGUGGCUAGCUUCUCAAUG